AUGGCGCCCCCGACAACUGAUUGGAUUCAAAUGCAAGAUCGUUUCUAUCGGAAACAAGAAAUAUAUACAAUGCUUUGGAAACAUAUGGACCUUUCAAAAUAUAUGAUUGCAGGAGCUUCAUAUGGUGGUCCAAUUGGUAGAUAUUCUAAAUAUCGUUGUUUUUAUUCGUAA